CAUGAACCAUGAGACGUUCUGGCAGUGCCGGAAUGGCUCGACUUGCACCGCGAUGUGAGGAAGCAGGAGCCGUGUGUGUGGAGAUGGAAGCUGCGAAGGCUUUAGCGUGCGGACUCUGGGAGAUGACAGCAGGAGCAUCACUGAGACUGCUGCUGCUGUUCUGCUGUGUGGGACUGUUGGUGGCAGCUGGCGAUCAGCCCUGUGGUGGAUUAGUUCAAGGACCAAAUGGCACAAUAGAAAGUCCUGGAUUUCCUUAUGGUUACCCGAAUUAUGCGAACUGUACUUGGAUUAUCAUUACAGGAGAAAGGAACAGGAUACAGCUAGUAUUCCAGAUCUUUGCUUUAGAAGAAGAUUUUGAUAUUCUAUCCAUUUACGAUGGGCAACCACAACAGAGCAACUUGAAACUGAGGGUGACUGGCUUCCAACUUCCAUCACCAAUUGUUAGCACAGGCUCAAUCCUUACACUCUGGUUCACCACAGAUUUUGCUGUCAGUGCACAAGGAUUCAAGGCUGUUUAUGAAGUUUUGCCAAGUCACACAUGUGGCAAUCCGGGUGUCAUACAGAAAGGAGUGCUGCACGGUACCAGAUUUAACAUUGGGGAUAAAAUUCGCUACACCUGUGUCACAGGUUAUAUCCUGGAAGGUCACGCAAUACUGACCUGCAUUGUUAGCCCGGGAAAUGGAGCAUCAUGGGACUUCCCACCACCUUUUUGCAGAGCUGAAGGUGCAUGUGGCGGGACAUUGCGUGGUACCAGCGGAAUGAUUUCCAGUCCAUACUUCCCGUCAGAAUACAAUAAUAAUGCUGACUGCACGUGGACUAUCCUGGCCGAGCCUGGAGAUACUAUUGCACUCAUCUUCUCUGAUUUCCAACUUGAAGAUGGAUAUGACAUCCUCGAGAUUAGCGGGACUGAUGCACCAACAAUAUGGCUGACUGGUUUGAAUUUGCCUUCGCCUGUCAUCAGUAGCAAGAAUUGGCUGCGGCUUCACUUCACGUCAGACAGCAACCAUCGACGCAGAGGGUUUAAUGCACAGUACCAAGUGAAAAAGGCAAUUGAGCUGAAGUCCAGAGGAGUCAAAAUGCUUCCCAGUAAGGACAGUGAUCACAAGAAUUCUGUCUUAAGUCAAGGUGGAGUUGCUCUGGUACCAGCUGACAUGUGUCCUGAUCCAGGAGUACCAGAAAAUGGCAAAAGAACAGGGUCUGAUUAUAGGUUGGGAGCCAGUUUACAGUUUUCAUGUGAUGACAGCUAUGUGCUUCAGGGGUCCAAAAGCAUUACUUGUCAGAAAGUGACAGACACAUUGGUUGCUUGGAGUGACCACAGGCCAGUCUGCCGGGCAAGAACAUGUGGCUCCAAUCUACGAGGGCCGAGUGGUACUAUCACAUCCCCCAAUUAUCCAGUCCAAUAUGAAAACAACGCGCAUUGCGUCUGGGUUAUCAGUGCGACAGACCCUGAUAAGAUCAUUAAGUUAAAAUUUGAAGAAUUUGACCUGGAACGAGGUUAUGACACCUUGACUGUAGGAGAUGGAGGGAAAGUGGGAGAUACCAGGACAGUGUUAUAUGCACUUACCGGUUCGAGUGUCCCUGACUUAAUUGUGAGCAUGAGCAACCAGAUGUGGUUGCAUUUACAGUCUGAUGAAACCAUUGGAUCACUGGGAUUUAAGGCUUUGUAUGAAGAAAUUGAAAAGGGAAGCUGUGGUGACCCCGGUGUUCCUGCUUAUGGUAAAAGAAGUGGAGACAGUUUUUUACACGGCGACACGUUGACAUUUGAAUGCCAAUCAGCCUUUGAAUUAGUUGGAGAGCGGACCAUUUCAUGCCAACAAAAUAAUCAGUGGUCCGGUAACAAACCAAGCUGCGUCUUCUCCUGCUUCUUCAAUUUUACCACACCAUCCGGCAUUGUGCUAUCACCAAACUAUCCUGAGGAGUAUGGCAACAACAUGAACUGUGUGUGGCUGAUCAUUGCAGAACCAGCGAGCAGGAUUCACCUAAUCUUUAAUGAUUUUGACAUCGAGCCUCAGUUUGAUUACCUCACCAUAAAGGAUGAUGGGAGCGCUGACUCUACAGUUCUCGGAACUUUCUCUGGUGAUGAUGUGCCUUCCCAGCUGGCCAGCAAUGGGCAUAUCACCCGCCUGGAAUUCCAGUCCGAUCAUUCCACCACUGGACGUGGCUUUAACAUCACAUACACAACUUUUGGCCAAAAUGAAUGUCAUGACCCUGGCAUUCCAGUCAAUGGAAGAAGGUUUGGUGAUAUAUUCCUGUUGGGAAGUUCUGUCUCUUUUCAUUGUGAUGAAGGCUUUAUUAAAACCCAAGGAUCUGAGACCAUAACCUGUGUUAUACAAGAGGGAAAUGUCAUCUGGAAUUCUGCUGUUCCGCGAUGUGAAGCACCUUGUGGUGGCCAUUUGACAGCACCGAGUGGGAUAAUUUUAUCUCCAGGAUGGCCAGGAUAUUACAAGGACUCUCUAAACUGUGAAUGGGUGAUCGAAGCAGAACCACGGCAUUCUAUCAAAAUAACAUUCGACAGGUUUCAAACUGAAGUUAAUUAUGACACACUCGAAAUUCGGGAUGGGUCCAUUAAUUCAUCACCUUUAAUAGGAGAAUACCAUGGUACACAAGCACCCCAGUUUCUGAUCAGCACUGGCAAUUAUAUGUACCUUUUACUAACUACUGACAACAGCCGUUCAAGUGUUGGUUUUCAGAUUCACUAUGAAAGUGUCACCUUGGAACUAGAUUCAUGCUUAGACCCGGGAAUUCCUGUAAAUGGGCGACGACAUGGAAACAACUUCUCAAUUGGAUCGACUGUGACCUUCAGUUGUUGCCCUGGUUACACAUUAAGUGAUGAUGACCCUCUAAUAUGUGAUGAUAAUCGUCAAUGGAACCAUGCUUUACCAAGCUGUGAAGCUUUCUGCGGUGGCUAUGUUCGUGGUACAAGUGGAACUAUUCUGUCUCCUGGAUUUCCAGAUUUUUAUCCUAAUUCCUUGAACUGCACUUGGAUAAUUGAAGUUUCACAUGGAAAAGGUGUGCAGUUGGUAUUUCACACAUUCCACCUUGAGAGUUCUCAUGACUACUUAAUUAUCACAGAGGAUGGGAGCUUCACCAAUCCUGUAGCAAGGCUCACAGGCUCUGCCCUGCCUCCAACUAUUAAUGCAGGUCUAUUUGGAAAUUACACAGCACAACUACGCUUCAUCUCGGACUUUUCAGUUUCUUAUGAGGGAUUCAACAUUACGUUCUCAGAGUAUGAAUUGGAGCCUUGCGAUGAUCCUGGCGUUCCUGCUUUCAGCAGAAGAAUUGGAUUUCAGUUUGGAGUAGGGGACUCAUUGACCUUUUCCUGCUUUCCUGGAUACAGACUUGAAGGUGCUACUCAGAUCACCUGUUCUGGAGGAGGACGGCGUGUGUGGAGUGCACCUCUUCCAAGGUGUGUGGCUGAAUGUGGAGCCUCUGUAUCAGCGACAGAAGGUACUCUCCUGUCACCAAAUUACCCAGCCAACUAUGACAACAAUCAUGAAUGCAUCUAUAGAAUAGAGACGCAGUCAGGGAAAGGAAUCCGCCUUCGAGCCAAGAUGUUUGAACUUCAACAAGGCGAUGUUGUCAAGGUGUAUGAUGGAAGAGACAACACAUAUCGGUCCCUUGGAGUGUUUACUGAAUCUGAAUUGCUGGGAGUUGUGUUAAAUAGCACAUCAAACCAUAUAUGGUUGGAGUUUAAUACAAAUGGAACAGGGACUGGCCAUGGAUUUGAGUUAACAUAUGCAAGCUUUGAUUUGGUGAAGUGCGAGGAUCCAGGAACUCCUAAUUACGGCUACAAGCUGCGAGAUGGAGGGCACUUUGCCGACACUGUAAUCUUAUACAGCUGCAACCCGGGAUAUACACUGCAUGGAAGCAAUACACUGACGUGCCUGAGUGGAGAUCGGAGAGUAUGGGACAACCCUUUGCCAUCAUGUAUAGCGGAGUGUGGAGGCCACUUCAAAAGUGCUACUGCUGGGAGGAUUCUGUCCCCUGGCUACCCAGCACCAUAUGAUCACAACAUCCACUGUACUUGGAUUAUAGAAGCUGAUCCAGGAAAAACUGUCAGCCUUCAUUUUAUUGUCUUUGAUACUGAGGCAUCACAUGACAUCCUGAAAGUGUGGGAUGGACCAGUAGAAAGUGAUAUGUUGCUGAAGGAGUGGAGUGGUUCCUCACUGCCUGAUGAUGUCUACAGCACAUUUAACUCCAUAACACUUCAGUUUGACACUGACUUCUUCAUCAGCAAGUCAGGCUUCUCCAUACAGUUCUCAACUUCAACAGCCACUACCUGCAAUGAUGCUGGAGUUCCACAGAAUGGAACCAGGAGUGGAGACAGCAGAGAGCCUGGAGAUACUGUGACUUUUCAGUGUGAUCCAGGUUAUCAGUUACAAGGAACUGCUAAAAUUAUGUGUGUGCAGGUGGACAAUAGAUUCUUCUGGCAACCUGAUCCUCCAACAUGUACAGCUGCCUGUGGUGGGAAUCUGACAGGCCCAGCAGGUGUCAUUUUAUCGCCUAACUACCCUCAACCUUAUCCUCAUGGGAAAGAAUGUGACUGGAGAAUUAAAGUCAAUCAAGACUAUGUCAUAGCACUGAUAUUUAAAAGUUUCCAUAUGGAGCCCAGCUAUGAUUUCCUUCAUAUCUAUGAAGGGGAAGAUUCCAACAGCCCUCUAAUUGGCAGCUUUCAAGGAUCACAGUCACCUGAGAGAAUAGAGAGUAGUGGUAAUAGCCUUUUUCUGGCCUUUCGAAGUGAUGCUUCUGUGAGCAUGGCAGGAUUUGCCAUUGAUUACAAAGAGAAACCUCGAGAAGCAUGUUUUGAUCCUGGAAACAUAAUGAAUGGGACACGCAUUGGUUUGGAUUUUAAGCUCGGUUCGACUGUUACCUAUCAUUGUGAUCCUGGCUACCAGUUAGCAAAUGUUGCUACAAUCACGUGCAUCAUUGGGGAAGAUGGGAAACCGGUCUGGAAUAGGGCUCUUCCUUCAUGCCAUGCUCCUUGUGGUGGACAACACACUGGAUCUCAAGGAGUGGUUCUUUCUCCUAAUUAUCCUCACAAUUAUACAAGUGGCCAGACAUGUCUGUACUCCAUCACAGUGCCUGAGGAGUUUGAUUUUCCAAAGACAGGAAGAACAAUUAAUAUGAGGACCAUUAUCAGUCAGAAAUCAAGGAAAGCAGAUAGUGUGACACUGAAGCAAAAAGAUAAAAUGCUGAAAACACUCUACUGUAAGCUAAAAAUACACACUUAUUUGACAUCUGAGAAAAAAGAUUGCUUAGUAUUUGCUGCGUGGGGCACAGCACUAGAUUUGAUAAUGUCACAAACAGGAGAGACCCUGCCUCUGGCCACAUCAAACCAGAUUUUGCUCAGGUUCAGCGCUAAAAGUGGAGCGUCAUCCAGGGGUUUCCACUUUGUUUACCAAGCUGUUCCUCGUACUAGUGCCACCCAGUGCAGCUCUGUUCCUGAGCCCAGAUAUGGCCGAAGAAUAGGUUCAGAGUUUUCUGCAGGUUCUAUUGUUCGUUUUGAAUGCAAUGCUGGAUAUCACCUCCAAGGCUCAAAGGCUAUUCGAUGUCAGGCUGUGCCUAAUGGGUUGGCACAGUGGAAUGAUACAAUACCAAGCUGUGUAGUACCUUGUCACGGAAAUCUGACAGAACGUAGAGGCACCAUCCUCUCGCCGGGUUACCCAGAGCCGUAUGGCAACAGCUUGAAUUGCGUAUGGAAAAUCACAGUAACUGAGGGAGCAGGCAUACAGAUUCAAGUGAUAACCUUUGCCACUGAGCAUAACUGGGAUUCCUUAGAAAUAUAUGAUGGUGGAGAUGCAACUGCGCCAAGACUUGGGAGCUUCUCAGGUACCACGGUCCCUGCAUUGUUGAACAGCACCUCCAAUCAGCUCUACCUGCAUUUUCAUUCUGACAUCAGUGUGGCAGCAGCUGGCUAUCACUUGGAGUAUAAAACUGUUGGUCUUACAACCUGUCCUGAUCCAGUGGUUCCUAGCAAUGGAAUAAAGAUUGGAGAUAGAUAUUUGGUUAAUGAUGUGGUGUCUUUUAGCUGUGAAUCUGGCUAUACGCUGCAGGGACAAGCUCAUGUUUCAUGUAUGCCUGGAACUGUCCGCCGUUGGAAUUACCCAUCUCCGAUCUGCAUUGCUAGAUGUGGAGGCGUAUUGACAAACAUGAACAAUGUCAUCCUAAGUCCUGGAUUUCCUGGAAAUUACCCAAGCAACUUGGAUUGCACGUGGAAGAUUUUAUUACCUAUUGGAUAUGGUGCAGUAAUUCAGUUUUUGAAUUUUUCGACUGAAGCCAAUCAUGACUUCUUGGAGAUUCGAAAUGGGCCGCAUUACACUAGUUCUUUAAUUGGACGAUUCAGUGGAGCAGAACUCCCACCAAUGCUCCUCAGUACUACCCAUGAUACCAUCAUCAACUUCUACAGUGACCACUCUGAGAAUAAGCAAGGCUUCAAGCUCACCUACCAAGCUUAUGAGCUUCAAAGUUGCCCUGAUCCACGACCAUUUCAGAAUGGAUUUAUCAUUAAUUCUGACUAUAGUGUGGGUCAGUCUAUAUCAUUUGAGUGUUACCCUGGUUACAUCCUGAUUGGGCAACAUGUUCUUACGUGCCAUCAUGGGAUCAACAGGAACUGGAACCAUCCAUUCCCAAAAUGUGAAGCUCCCUGUAACCUCAACAUCACAUCUCGAAAUGGCACGAUCUACUCCCCUGGGUUUCCAAAUGAAUAUCCAAACUCAAUGGAUUGUAGUUGGCUCAUUACAGUACCUCCAGGACAUGGGAUUUACAUCAAUUUCACACUGCUCCAGACAGAACCAGUGAACGACUACAUUGCUGUAUGGGAUGGGCCUGACCAGACCGCUCUACAACUAGGCAUUUUCAGUGGCAACACAGCUCUGGAAUCAGCUUACAGCACCACAAAUCAGGUUCUUAUCAAGUUUCACAGUGACUUCUCCGGAGGAGGAUUCUUUGUUCUCAAUUUUCACGCUUACUGGCUUAAAAAGUGUCAGCAGCCCCCAGUUGUUCCUUUGGCUACAAUACUGACUGAGGAUGAAGACUAUGAAAUAGGUGAUAUUGUCAGAUACCAGUGUCCCCCUGGGUACACACUUGUUGGCAAUGAGCUCAUGACUUGCAGGCUAUCAACACGAUUGCAGUUUGAAGGGACACUUCCAUCUUGUGAAGCACAGUGUCCUGUAAAUGAAAUUCGCAGAGCCUCUGCAGGAGUCAUAUUAAGCCCAAGAUUUCCAGAAAAUUAUCCGAAUUUCCAAACGUGUUCCUGGACAAUUCGAGUAGAACACCGGUACAAUAUUACUAUUUUCGUGGAGAUGUUUCAAAGUGAAAAACAGUUCGAUGAGCUGAGUAUAUUCGAUGGGCCCACUGGUCAAAAUCGACUGCUGGUUGCUCUAAGUGGAAAUCACACUGGACAAAGAAAUUUUACAAGUACAGGAAGACACCUGUAUCUACGCUGGUCAACAGAUCAUGCAACAAGCAAAAGUGGAUUCAAAAUCCGGUAUACAGCUCCAUACUGCAGCUUGAACAGUGUCCCUUUGAAUGGCGGAAUACUGAAUAAGACAGUCGGCGCUUUAAACAGUGUGUUGCAGUUUUACUGCAAAACCGGUUAUCGACUGGUGGGCCGGAAUAAUGCCACGUGUAGGCUGUCCCCAAAUGGCAUGUAUGAGUGGGAUGCUGCAGUCCCACUCUGUCAAGCGAUCAGUUGUGGUAUUCCUAAAACCCCUGGAAAUGGCUCGGUCUUUGGCAGAGAUUAUAGUGUAGGCAGCAAGGUCAACUAUCAGUGCAAUGAAGGUUUCAGACUGGAAUCUAGUCAACAAGCAGUAGCAUUCUGCAGAGAAGAUGGAAUAUGGAGUAAUAACUGGAAGACUCCGCAAUGUAAACCUGUGUCAUGUCCUCCUAUUGAAACCAUUCUUUCAAAAGACGUUGUCAAGCGGCUCGUUCAUGGGUCAAUGAAUGAAUAUGGAAACAAAGUCAUGUUAAGCUGUAAACCUGGUUAUUACUUGAGGGGCAGCAAGGUCAUACAGUGUCACGCAAACAGCACAUGGAGUGGGUCCAAUGAGAAAGCAAAUUGCAAAAUUGUCUCAUGUGGAGAUCUUCCUUCCCCACCAAAUGGUAACAGGAUUGGAACACUGCAGACAUAUGGGGCGACUGCAAUCUUUACUUGUAACACUGGGUACACACUGGCUGGAUCUCACGUUCGAGAGUGCCAAGUAAAUGGACUGUGGAGUGGAAUGGAAACCAGAUGCUUGGCUGGUCACUGUGGCUCUCCAGAUCCAAUUGUAAACGGCCACAUCAGUGGAGAUGGCUUUAGUUACCGUGACACCGUUGUCUAUCAGUGCAAUCCAGGUUUCCGUCUCGUUGGCUCCUCAGUGAGAAUUUGCCAACAGGACCAUAAUUGGUCAGGACAACCAGCAGUCUGUGUUCCAAUCACAUGUGGUCACCCCGGCAACCCAGCUCAUGGCAAAACUAAUGGCAGUCAAUUCAAUCUGAAUGAUGUGGUUAACUUUACCUGUAAUCCGGGAUAUUCACUGCAUGGUGCGUUAAGAGCACAGUGCCGUUCUACAGGCCAAUGGAGCAGCCCAUUGCCAAGUUGUCAAGGUUUAACUGUGGCCGGCCAGGUGUCUCCAGCAGCUGAAGGGAGGCGAGGACAGCUUCAGGGAGAAGUGAUGAACUGUACAGACCCUGGCUUUGUGGAAAAUGCCAUUCGCCUAGGGCAAGACAAUUACCCGCAAAACUUCAAGUUUGGCAGCAGUGUGGUGUACCAGUGUAAAUGGAGUUUCUACCUCCUUGGCUCGGCUGUGCUUACUUGUCAAGUAAAUGGUCUGUGGGACCGGUCUCUACCAAACUGCUUACCUAUUUCAUGUGGUCAUCCAGACAUUCCUGCAAAUGGUGAGCUAUUUGGAAACAAGUUUACCUUUGGUUCUGUAGUUCGCUACUCUUGUGUUGGAGCUCGAACUCUGAUUGGAAAUCAUACUCGUGUUUGUCAAGAGGAUGGUCACUGGAGUGGUUCUCUCCCUCAUUGCUCAGGAGACACUUCUGGUUUAUGUGGUGAUCCUGGCAUCCCGGCUCAUGGUUCUAGACUAGGCAAUGAAUUCAAGAUAAAAAGUCUUCUGCGUUUUAGCUGUGAAGCUGGUUAUACUCUCCGAGGUUCGUCAGAACGAUCCUGCAGACCAAAUGGGUCCUGGUCAGGUAUUCAGCCAGUUUGUGAAGCUGUAUCGUGUGGAAAUCCCGGCACUCCCGAAAAUGGGAAGAUAGUUUACAAUGAUGGUGUAGUAUUCUCCAGCUCCGUUUCUUAUGCCUGCUGGGAAGGCUACAAAACGUCUGGUCUAACUACCCGGCAUUGCACUGCUAAUGGAACAUGGACUGGAUCAACUCCUGACUGCACAGUGAUUGACUGUGGUGACCCUGGUGCUAUCGCUAACGGUGUCCACCUGGGAAAUGACUUCACUUAUAAUAAGACAGUGAUGUAUCAGUGUAACCCAGGUUUUCAGAUGGAGCCAGCUCUAUCUUCUACACUGUGCUGCAUGAAGAAUGGCUCUUGGAAUCAGACCAAACCAGUUUGCAAAGCUAUCACGUGUGCACAGCCGCCCCUAGUGCUUCAUGGAAGAGUGCAGGGAUCAGAUUUCAGAUGGGGCUCCAGCAUCAGCUAUACUUGUUUGGAAGGGUAUCAGCUUUCCUUGUCUGCUAUUCUGACCUGUGAAGGAAACGGUGUUUGGAGAGGAGAAGUCCCUCAGUGUUUGCCUGUUUUCUGUGGAGACCCAGGGACUCCAGUGGAGGGGCGAAUUGAAGGAAGAAGUUUCACGUUCAAAUCUGAAGUGUACUUCCGUUGCCGACCUCCGUUUCUAUUAGUUGGAUCAUCAAGAAGAUUUUGCCAAGCGAAUGGAUUCUGGAGUGGCAUUCAGCCAUCUUGCAUUGAUCCAACACACACUAUAUGUCCGGACCCAGGCACCCCUCAUUUUGGAAUGCAGAACAGUUCCCAAGGUUAUGAGGUUGGGAGCACUGUAUUUUUCAAGUGUCGAAAGGGCUACCAUAUUCAAGGCUCCACAACACGCUCCUGUCUUGCCAAUUUGACUUGGAGUGGUGUGCAUCCUGAAUGCGUUCCUCACAGCUGCCGACAGCCAGAAACACCUGCCUAUGUGGACGUGAGAGCCAUUGAACUGCCGAUAAUGGGUUAUACCUUAAUUUACACCUGCCAGCCAGGAUUCUACCUCGCAGGAGGAUCGGAACACCGGGCAUGCAAGGGUGAUGGGAAAUGGUCAGGAAAACCACCAGUCUGCCGAGCUGGGCCCAAAAUAAAUGGCAGAUCAAAAGGCACUGACUCAGGAACUCAUAAAACUAAAGCUCCAGUUCCUCCAGAUGUAUUUGCUCCAAAUUCUAUAUGGAAGGGCUUCUAUGAGUACCUUGGAAAGAAACAACCGGCAACAUUAACUGUUGAUUAUUUUAAUAUUUCCAAUGGUCGUGUAAAUGUUACAUUCAUCGAACACAGCAACAUGGCAUUAAAACUGUCGGGAAUCUAUAAAAAGGAAGAGACCCGACUUUUUUUAAAGGUCUACCAAAUGAAGGGACCUAUUGAGAUCUUUAUAAGCAAGUUCAGAAAUGAUAACUGGGCUUUGGAUGGUCAUGUUUCAGCUGAGCCUGAAGGCAAGACCUUUGUCUACCAGGGAUUUGUCCAAGGCAAAGACUUCCGACAGUUUGGCUUUCAGAGACAAGGACCACUGGGAGGAGAACUGGAUAGAGAUAAAUCUAAUAACUACUAUAGCACAAACAGUAGUUCUGUAGCAGCUGCCAUUUUGGUACCUUUCUUUGCGCUCAUCUUAUCAGGAUUUGCCUUUUACCUCUACAAACACAGAUCAAGACCCAAAGUACAAUACAAUGGCUAUGUUGGUCAUGAGAACACAAAUGGACAGGCUUCAUUUGAAAAUCCCAUGUAUGAUACUAACUUAAAGCCCACUGAGGCAAAAGCUGUGCGGUUUGACACAACACUGAACACUGUGUGUACAGUAGUAUAGCCCUUACUUUGACUACUGACUAACUGAUAUUAGCCAUACCUCUACCUGGCAAGCAGUAACUCCUUUGGUGCCAUAUACCACAUCGUUCUGUCCCACUGCUUGCUUUGCAGUGAUACACUUGUUGACAACUUUCGUUGGGGCAAACACAGUCAAUGGAGUUUUUGCUGGGAUAAUAUCCUCAGACAACAAGUCAAAGCAAUUCCUUCUGGACUUCUAACACAGGAAGAACCAAAACCAAGUCCUGAUGGGUUUGAAACUCUCUGCUCUGGAUGCAAUUGGCAGAUAUUUCUUUUUUUUUUGAGUUCUGUAUUCUUCCAAAAAGAGGUUAAAAAAAAUGGACAGACAAGGAAGGACAAAACCUGUGCCAUCGCUGAUGUUAAGUCUUUCAACAUAUGUAAAAUUUACAGCUGCCUACAUCACAAAAUAAGGUCACUAUUCUAAAACAGGUCGGCAGUUUGGGGAUUAUUUUCAAUUGUAUGGAAUAUUGACUGCACAAUUCUUUGCACUAGCGUGUUAUGAAUGAAUGAGUAGGAUAUUGGCAUCAAAUUGGCUACAGGGUUUCUAUACACUGACCAUUGUACAUAAAAAAAUUGCUUUAAAAAGACUUCAGUUUCCAUUGCUGAACAUCACAUCACGUUCUCAGUGCUAACAAUAGGUAUUAGAUUGCUGCAGUAUUAUUUCCUCCAGACUUGGAUGCUUAUAGAGUCAGUUUUUAUUGAUGUCAGGCUUGUGAGUGAGAAAGGUUUCUGAGGGUUUUUAUAGCUCCUUAAAUAAACAUCAAUUGGAUUUUAUUCUUUGAAUUAAAAGCCAAAAAAAGGAACAAACUUAUUUUUUAAACACAGUAUAACUUUUCUGAAUCUCCACAGGCUGUUGGUCAGAAAUAUUAUCAGAAAAAUCUAUUCUGUUUUCCAGGUAGCUUAAAUAAACACUGCCUUUUGUAAAUUAUAUUUAGCAAAAAAAAUUAUUUAUUUUCCCAAGAAUGUAAGAAAAACUGUUGCGCCACUUUUCUGUGUUAGAAAUAAAAAACAAAUAUUAUAAAUGUUGUGAAAGGGGAGGUGAAGGGUCCAUAGUGGGGUUGGUACAGAGUCAUGUUUGCCAAAUGUCUGCCGCGCCUUGUUUUGAGUUUCCUGAUAACUUUCAGUUCUGCUAUGUCUACCAUUACGAAAAACAGAAAAUCCCCACGUUAAAAAAAUAGCAGUUAAUCAUGAGACAAGGAUAAGACUGAGAAUGAAGGCCAGCCCUCACACCAGGCAGCAACGUUUGACAGGUAUUGAUGGCUAUACAAAUAACAUUCAGUAACAGAUCAGCUCUGACUUCCCAAAGAUAACCAUCAAACUGUGAGGCUUGCAGAGAAAAAAAAUUAAAUUGAUUUUGUCAAAUAAAUAGCAAGCUUUUUCAGCAGAAACAUGCACGUAGUUGAGUGUGGGACAGAAGAAUGGGGAUUCCUUUGUUCCCUGAUGAUAUUUUGCUCAUUCUAAAGAGUGCCUUUACUUGUAUCUCAUAGCUUUACCCAAAACCAGUUGGUACUGUGCAGAAAGCAGUUGUGAUGUCUUUAAUAUGUCUGACAUACAGCCGAAAGGAUAAACCCUCAUUCACAGCUACAGCAUAGAAAAAAACUGUCUUUGUGAAAAGUUCACUUUGUGUGGUCAGCAACAACUUUCCCAAGUUUUCUAAGUAGGUUCUAUUAAACCACAAAAUUACAACUCGGGGGGGGUUUAAGAACUUUGGGAUUAUGGCUGUUGAUAAUUGUUGGUUUAACUAGGUUAAUAUACUAAAAUAGCAGAUAAUUGAAUGCCAUUUCCCAUCUAUUUUGCAUCAAUUAUAACUGGAGAUGAGAAGAACCCCUAUGGAAAUGUUUAUGUUAAAUGUUUAUUUUAUAUUCAUCAACAGACUUUUUUAGGCUAUAGUUCACUACUUAGUCUUGUUUAACCUUUUCUGAGGUUUCAGCACCAAUCCUGACUUUAGUCAGUGAGUAAUGUUACUGGGAGAGGUUAGAAUAAGAUUGUUGUUAUGACCUUUGACUGGAGAGAGGAAGUGUCUUUUUUAAAAAUAAAAAUGCAUUGUUCCUGGCUAACAUCUUUGUCGGAAGCAACAGAACUUUAUCAACA